UGGCCCAGCGGCGCCGGCGGCAGGAGCGGCCAAGGCGACGGUGGAGGCUUCGCGGAGGAUCCCCGCCCGCGGCACCUCGGUUGUCCCACCGCAGCCGUGCGCGCCCGGCCCGGCUCGGCGGAGCUCCUCCGGGAUCCGCUUCGCUGCGGCGGCCCAGGAGCUCGAUGCGGCUCGGAGGGUGCUGGGCCUCAGCAGCAGCGGCAACCACAGCCCCUUCAGGAGUGGGAGGCUUCGCGGCGGCGCCUGGGGCUUCGCCGGUGCCCUCCGGAGGAGGCUGGCAGCUCAGGGACGACCCCCCCGGGCCAUGCUGAGGCAACGGCGGCUGCCGCUUGAGGGUCAAACAGAGCAUACUGAAUCAGCAGGACUGGCUGGUAGUGCAGCAGGCAUCAUGAGUAAGCACAGAGAAGUCUGUUUCUUAUCACGUGUGUAAGGGAAACAAGAUUUAAAUAAGUCUCUUGAGUGGUGUUUCCUCACUGAUGGAGAAUUACUUCCAAGCAGAAGCUUACAACCUGGACAAGGUUUUAGAUGAAUUUGAACAAAACGAAGAUGAAACAGUUUCUCCUAUCUUACUGGACACAAGAUGGAGUAAGCUUCUAGAUCCCCCAUCUCACCUGCUGUCAUUUAACCCUUCACUGGCCAGAGCGAAUGAACCUUCAGUUUCUAAUGAGUCACAGCCACAGCUGAAAGUCUUCUCCGUAGCUCAUUCAGCUCCUCUGACCACGGAGGAAGAGAACCUUUGUGCUAAUGGGCGGGAUUGUAGUCUGAAUCCAGAGAGCAACACAAUGUGGAUUGGUGAAAAUGCCAUUGCAGAAGAUCAGUUAAUUAAGAGGAACUGUAAUCAAGAUGAUCAAUGCAGUACUGUUGAAGUGGGAGAGAAGAAAUGUGGAAACCUAGCUUGUCUGCCAGAUGAGAAGAAUGUUCUUGUUGUAGCCGUCAUGCAUAACUGUGAUAAAAGGACAUUACCCAGUGAUUUGCAGGAUUGUAAUAAUUAUAAUACUCAGUCCCUCAUGGAUACUUUUAGCUGUUCACUGGAUAAUGAAAACAGACAAACUGAUCAAUUUAGUUUUAAUAUAAAUGGGUCCACUGAAAAAGAUAUGAACUCAGAGAAACAAAUGGAUCUGUUGAGUAGACCAAAUGUAGAGGGGGAUUCUGUUAAACAUAUAUGUACUACUUCACCUGAUAAUCCAACCAGUAUCUGUUCCCCUUCACAAGUAAAGGAUGAUGAAAAUAUUGGUAGAGAUCCCUCCAUGUCUGUGGUUACAAAUUUAACAGUUGACCCAAUAAUUUCAUCCCAGGGAACAGAUGAAGAUCCUGCUGUUAAAAACCAAGAGAACUGUAUACCAGAUGAGAUUUUCACUGACAAAACCAGCUCUUCUAGGACAGAUUUAGGGAAUCUAAACUCCUUUUCCCAUUAUAGUGAGGGCAUUUUGAUGAAAAAAGAGCCAACAGAAAAGAUAACCAACGAAGAACCCAUCCAGUCUGGUUUACCUUUACUUCUUAAACCAGAUAUGCAUAGUGGAUCUGGAAAGGAUGAGAACUGUGAACAGUCUUCAGAUUGCCUUGUACCCAGUGAAGUUAGAGCUGGUGAAAAUGAAGGUUGUGAGCGUGAAGAAAUUCUUGGCACUACAGAACUUCUUAAUAUGACAGAGCAUUUUUCUGAAUCUCAGGAGAUGACUAAUUGGAAAUUGACUAAACUAAAUGAGAUGAAUGACAGCCAAGUAAAUAAAGAAAAUGAGAAGUUUCUGCAGAUGAAUCAGCCUGAGGACACUUACAAUGAUAGUGGAGGAGAGUGUGAUAGAAGGGGAGAAGCAGGUCUAGAUUUAAAAGGAACUGUCAUGGAUGAAAGUAAAGGAUGUGAUUUCUCUACUGUUAUGGAUACACCAGCAGCAAAUACUUCUAAUUGUUGUGAUUCCUAUGGAAUGCAGAGCCCCGUUUGUUUUGUUCCAAAGACUUUACCCUCCAAAGAAGAUUCAGUAACAGAAGAAAAGGAAAUAGAGGAGAGCAAAUCAGAAUGCUACUCAAAUAUUUAUGAACAGAGAGGAAAUGAAGUCACAGAAGGGAGUGGACUACUUUUAAACAGCACUGGUGACCUAAAAAAGAAAAAUUAUUUACAUAAUUUCUCUAGCCAAGUUUCAUCAGUGCUUGGGCAAUCUUCACCCAAGAUAGUAGCAAACCUGCAAUCCAUUAGUGUUCCGUUUGGUGGUGCAAGACCGAAGCAACCUUCUAAUCUUAAACUUCAAAUUCCAAAGCCAUUAUCAGACCAUUUACAAAAUGACCUUCCUGCAAACAGUGGAAAUAAUAUUAAAAACAAAAAUGAUGUUCUUGGGAAAGCAAAAAUAGGGGAAAACUCAGCAGCCAAUGUAUGCAAUACCUCUUUGGGAAACAUUUCUAUUACUGAUACAAAUGGGGAACAUUUAGAAAGUUACGAGUCCGGGGUAUCUAGUAGACCGUGCCUUGUAUUAGCUCCAGAUAGCCCAGAUAAUGAUCUCAGAGCUGGUCAGUUUGGAAUUUCUGCCAGAAAGCCAUUUACCACUCUGGGCGAGGUGGCUCCAGUAUGGGUACCAGAUUCUCAGGCUCCAAAUUGCAUGAAAUGUGAAGCCAGGUUUACUUUCACCAAAAGGAGGCAUCAUUGCAGAGCAUGUGGGAAGGUUUUCUGUGCUUCCUGCUGUAGCCUGAAAUGUAAACUGUUGUACAUGGAUAGAAAGGAAGCUAGAGUAUGUGUAAUAUGCCACUCAGUGCUAAUGAAUGUGGCUCAGCCCAGAGAGCAGAGGCGAGUUUGGUUUGCUGAUGGGAUCUUGCCCAAUGGAGAAGUUGCUGAUGCAGCCAAAUUAACAAUGAAUGGAACUUCCUCUGCAGGAACCCUGGCUGUGUCACAUGACCCAGUCAAGCCAGUAACUACCAGUCCUUUACCAGCAGAGACGGAUAUUUCUCUGUUUUCUGGGAGCAUAACUCAGGUUGGAAGUCCUGUUGGGAGUGCAAUGAACCUUAUUCCCGAAGAUGGCCUUCCUCCCAUUCUCAUCUCCACUGGUGUAAAAGGAGACUAUGCUGUGGAAGAGAAGCCAUCACAGAUUUCAGUGAUGCAGCAGUUGGAGGAUGGUGGCCCCGACCCACUUGUAUUUGUUUUAAAUGCAAAUUUGUUGUCAAUGGUUAAAAUUGUAAAUUAUGUGAACAGGAAGUGCUGGUGUUUCACGACCAAGGGAAUGCAUGCGGUGGGUCAGUCUGAGAUAGUCAUUCUUCUCCAGUGUCUGCCGGAUGAGAAGUGUUUGCCCAAAGAUAUCUUUAGUCAUUUUGUGCAGCUUUAUCGGGAUGCCCUGGCAGGGAAUGUUGUGGGCAACUUGGGACACUCCUUCUUCAGUCAGAGUUUCCUUGGCAGUAAAGAACAUGGUGGAUUCCUGUACGUGACAUCUACCUACCAGUCACUGCAAGACCUUGUGCUCCCAGCCCCACCUUACUUGUUUGGGAUUCUCGUACAGAAAUGGGAAACUCCUUGGGCCAAAGUGUUUCCCAUCCGACUAAUGCUGAGACUUGGAGCUGAAUAUCGACUUUAUCCGUGCCCACUAUUCAGUGUCAGAUUUCGGAAGCCAUUGUUUGGAGAGACGGGGCAUACCAUCAUGAAUCUUCUUGCAGACUUCAGAAAUUACCAAUAUACAUUACCAGUAGUCCAGGGUCUGGUGGUUGACAUGGAAGUUCGGAAAACAAGCAUCAAAAUUCCCAGCAACAGAUACAAUGAGAUGAUGAAGGCCAUGAACAAGUCAAACGAGCACGUCCUGGCGGGAGGGGCCUGCUUCAAUGAGAAGGCAGACUCGCAUCUCGUGUGUGUGCAGAAUGAUGAUGGGAACUACCAGACCCAGGCUAUCAGUAUUCACAAUCAGCCCAGAAAGGUGACUGGCGCCAGUUUCUUUGUGUUCAGUGGCGCUCUGAAGUCCUCUUCAGGCUAUCUUGCCAAGUCCAGUAUUGUGGAAGACGGCGUUAUGGUCCAGAUCACUGCAGAGAACAUGGAUGCCUUGCGGCAGGCCCUGCGAGAGAUGAAGGACUUCACCAUCACCUGUGGCAAGGCGGAUGCUGAGGAUCCGCAGGAGCUCAUCCACAUCCAGUGGGUGGACGACGACAAGAACGUCAACAAGGGUGUCGUCAGUCCUAUAGACGGGAAGUGCAUGGAGUCUAUAAUAAGUGUGAAGAUAUUCCACGGAUCGGAGUAUAAAGCAAAUGGAAAAGUCAUUAGAUGGACAGAGGUGUUUUUCCUAGAAAACGAUGACCAGCACAGUUGCCUGAGUGACCCAGCAGAUCACAGCCGACUGACUGAGCACAUUGCCAAGGCUUUUUGCCUUGCUCUCUGUCCCCACCUGAAGCUUCUGAAGGAAGAUGGAAUGACUAAACUGGGACUGCGUGUGACACUUGACUCAGAUCAGGUUGGCUACCAAGCAGGGAGCAAUGGCCAGCCCCUUCCCUCGCAGUACAUGAACGACCUGGACAGCGCUCUGGUGCCGGUGAUCCAUGGAGGGGCCUGCCAGCUCAGUGAGGGCCCCAUCGUCAUGGAACUCAUCUUUUAUAUUCUGGAAAACAUCACAUAGACAGAGGACUUCAUUUUUUUCUGUUCAGACCUGUUGCAAUAGCAGUCAUACCCAAGUCAUUUGCACUUUAGAACUGGAAGAUUAAGCUUUUGUUAACACUAUUAAUGGGGGGGGAGUGGGAGUUUGGGGGACUAGGGUGGGAAAGGGUGGUUGGGGGGACAGAUGUUCCAUAAUUCUAAGUCUUCUAUGCAUUGUCCACCAAGAAGACCUGGGCAGCUUCCGUUACUGCACGACAGUUAUGCUAUCCUCGCAGCUAAUCUUCUUCUGUUACUGUUUAGACAAGAAUUCUCCUGUUUUAAGACUUACUUAUGGUCUUGUGCUCAGAAAUGCUCAAAUGGAUACAAACAUCACCGAGGGUGGGGUGGGAGAGUGGAGGGGAAUAAAAAAAUGAAGCAUCA